AUGUCAAAUAGCGUACCCGCCGGAAGACCCUCCGCGCCUGCCUCAACGGUAAAUGGACAGUCUCUCCUCCGCCAUGAAUCUGGGUUUACCUUAACUACAACAAGUCCCUCGUCGAACUCCAAACCCAUUCCAAUCUCACGGGGGACAAAAGGAAAGCAGACAUACAAUGGCAAAGCCGGAGGCUCUCACUACAACAGUCUCCACCGGACAGCCACCUUGGGCGAGCAAACUCCUCCAUUAUCAGAAAGAGACAGUAUCUUUGCCGACCAUUAUGUCCUUCAUGCCAGCGAUCCUUCCUCCUCUCCAGAAAGAAUAACCCCGACUCCUAAUAAUCUGCGGAAGGCCCCUGUAACGAUGUCUACCAUGGUCACUCACCCUGUCUCCCCUCCGGAGUCCUCCAAAACAUCUCGUCCUCAGACUCCCCGGAAAUAUGAAUGGCUCCGGAGAUCAGAUUCAUUCACCGACAAAGACGCCGCCUCAUCCCCGUCCCGCCCGUCCACGGGCACAAUACAUGGUAUCAGACGAAUAGCUUCCGAUGGGCAUUCGUGGGCGAAAAAAUUCCACGUUACAGUUGACUCAAUGGAAGGCCAAGAUGUCAAGGGUCACGACACACAGAGUAACAAACAGGACCCGUUUGGUGGAACAACCGUCAACGCCCAGGGUGGGUCGGAACAUGAUGGCCCUCAGCACAUUGCUGUUGAUCGAGACGACGCCAUGAGAACAGCACUGAAAGAGGGUCCUCGGACAGAACGGAGCGUCAGUCGUGGUCGGGCCCAUGUUGACAAGAGCAUUGAAGCCACAGUCAAGAACCCGGAGACUGGUGGAACGGCUCGAAGCAGGAAGGCGAGUCAUAUGAUGGGCAUCUUUGACCCUCGGACCGGUUCCCAACCACCAAUGUUUGCUCUGGGGGAACAAUUUUCUCAGGCUGGUGCAAGCAGGGAACCGUCCAAGUCAUCUUCCCGGCCUACAAGUCCCGUGCAUCAAGAUUCCCUGACCGGCCGAACCGCUCGUCGAGGUUCAAAGGACUUUAUUGACACUGUCGCCCCGUCAUCUCGGGACGCCAGUGUCGCUGCCAGCCUUCGAGGUGCAGCGGCUGCCUCUCCACACAAGCCUGAACAUGAUCCUUACUUUCGCCAACAAGACCUUUCCCAGAAGCCACCAGUCCCUCCGAAAUUGUUGGAUGAAAGCAAAGGAGCCUACAGGUCGAGAUCAGCCGACGAACUUCGGUCUGGCAAGGUCGUUGACGCGGCCAAGUCGGAGCAACCGCACAAGUUUGACGCUGUUGAUGAUUAUCACCCUACCACCCGUGAAGAUGAGGAGGAACACAUUUCUGCUGCCGUCUACUAUCCUCAUCCGGGGCCAUCGCCCGAAGAAAUCGAACGAUUCACCUCUCCUGGCGAGGUGGCUCCCGAUGUCGGCAAUCUUCGUCCACCGGUGAUUUCACCAGAGAGUCUUGAAAUGCCUGAGAAUAAAGCCCUGGAACCACCCAGGAGUACUGAACACAUUGACAUCUCAGUCGUGUCAAGGAAUGAAAAGAAGAUCUUCCAUGGAAAUUAUCAUCCUCACGAUGAGGCGACUGCAGACCUGGGGACUCCCGCUUUGUCUCCGGUUGAAGAGACCCCUUCUACAGCUGUCGUCAGCACCUCAGAGUCCGAGAUGGAAUCCCCAGAUGAAUUCGGUCAACAGAGUCACGCAGAAGAUAUCUCUACCACGCCGACACAACUGAGCAGCACACUUGCUAAAAGGCCUAGCGAGGUUCAUGUACCGAACACCAAAGCAAAAGUCGUUCUGGAACCAUAUAAGCAUCAAGUUGGAGGUCAUUCGACCAUCUUUCGAUUUUCUCGUCGAGCCGUCUGCAAGCAGUUGAACAACAGGGAGAAUGAAUUUUAUGAACGGAUUGAGCAUAGACACCCCGACAUGCUCAAAUUCCUUCCGAGAUACAUUGGCGUCCUCAAUGUCACCUUCUCCAAAGUACCCAAGCAGGUGCCGAACUCCGAAACGAGGCUCGACGAUAAGGCUGGGGCUGAACAUCCCCGUCAAGGAGAAGGGCGGCUAGCCGAGGCGACCAAAUCACCUGACGCCGAUUCCAUACCGGCGAUCUCACUGCCGAACGAGCAGCCACGAAUAGUCAGCCACUCGCAACAAUUGGGCAGCAUUCCGCAGGUUAUUCUAGAGCAAAACAAGCAUAUCAUUCCGUCAAACUAUUUUGCACUACCGGAGCGACCUCGCAGUACUGAUCCCAACCACGGACGACAACGCAGCAAUGGUUUCGAUCUGCCCAAUGCUCAAGUGCAUGACGAUCAAGAACAAGACAAAUCGCCCACGCGACCAUCGUUGCCAGAACAUUCCAAUAGUUGGGGGAAUACCUCGGUCAACGAGGGGUUGAAAGACAAGAUUCUCCGUGAAGUAUUUGGACCGCCUCCGGUGCAGUACUAUCGCCGUCAUAUAUCUUCACACAGUACUGUGCCAAGGUUGAAGAACCAUCAUGGACCUCGGAGAAAAAACAAUCUCUCGGCGAACCCGUUUCCCCGCCCGGACUCAAAGGAAUCAAAGCACUCACAGGAAAAGCUAGAGGCGCCCAGCUCGACCAAUGAAAAUACCCAGAUGAGUCCGCUGAGUGAAAUUGCACAUAACUCCGACACUGCCAAUGGCGUGUACGCGUCUUCGGCCUCGGCGUUCGAUGAUAUGAAAUAUGGCCUUGAACCGGUCAGAACGACGGGCAGCGAAAUCUCAACCGCCUCAAGCGAAAACAAGCCCCAUGUCAAGAGACGUCACUCUGGCAUGGGUCUUCGCCGGAGAAGACAAUCGAUGAAUGGUCGAAAUACUCCCGACCUUGAAUAUUUUGAGGACGAGGCCUAUGCUACUGACGUUGGCCCCGAUAUUGGGAAUGAUGCAUUUCUCAAAGAUCAAACCCAGAAAAUUGAUCAGCGCAACCAGAAUUCUAAAGAUUCGAAACUGUGCAAUGGAGUACGCGAGGAAUCCACCUCAAAAGAUUGGAGCAGGUCAAAUCGACACUCGGUCAAUCUUGGCGAAUCCAGAGACCACUCACAAGCGGAUCUAAUUCCAUCCAAUCCAAAGGAUGCACAAUCUUCAAGUUCAGGUGACCGUGUGGUGUAUUUUAUUCUCUUGGAAGAUCUUACAAGUGGCAUGGGUCGACCUUGCGUUCUUGAUUUGAAGAUGGGAACCAGACAGUUUGGAGUGGAAGCCAGCAAAAAGAAGAUGGAAUCACAACGUCGCAAAUGUAAGAUGACAACAUCACAGCAACUGGGAGUACGAAUAUGUGGGAUGCAAACAUUCGAUGCCAGAACCCAAAAGGUGUCGUAUGAGGACAAAUACUAUGGUCGUGAUCUGAAGGCUGGACGUGAAUUUCGGGAAGCGCUCACUAGGUUCCUCUACGAUGGAGUCAGCUACGCAAGUGUUGCUCGACACAUUCCACCCAUCUUGCAUAAACUGUCCAAGCUUGAAAGCAUGGUACGACGACUACCUGGCUACCGGUUCUAUGCGAGCUCGCUCCUCAUGCUGUAUGAUGCGGAGCCUCAUAAAUCGCGCGAGGCUGAGGAAGCGGCCAGGAAUGGUAUUGAUAUUGCCCAACAGAAGAGAAAGGAAGGCAAAAAAUGGCCACCACCGAUUGAGCUGAAGAUCGUGGAUUUUGCCAACUGCAUCACAGGAGAAGACCCGCUCCCACCAAACACUCAAGCACCGCCAACCCAUCCGCAUGACGUUGACCGAGGAUAUUUACGCGGCCUAAGAACUCUUAAAGCGUAUUUUGAGCGUAUUUUGAGCGAUAUCAAAAAUAAUGAUAUCAAGGAAACCAGUGGUAGAGGGGAAAUGACGACCGACACCGAAAUUACUAAGGAACUCUCCACCUCGAGUUCGAGCAGUGGUAUCACGGAGGAAGAUGGAGAGGUCAGCGUAUAA